UACCUCACUACAAUGAAGGCAACCUCUGCCUAUAAAUUAAUGUGAUACAACUUAUACAAAUUCACUCAAUUCUUUCUACUCUUUACAUUACAACUAAAACAAAAUGGAGUCAAAGUUUGCUCACAUUAUUGUUUUCUUUCUUCUUGCAACUUCCUUUGAGACUCUCAUGGCACGAAAAGAAAUUGGUGGACCAGAAGUCAUCGAACUUCUAAAGGAAUAUGAAUCUAACUUGAUGUGCAAAGGAAAACGAAUGUGGCCAGAACUUAUUGGUGUACCAGCACAAUAUGCUAAGGGAAUAAUUGAAAAGGAAAAUCCAUUCAUAACUGAUGUUCGGAUAGGAUUGAUUGGUUCUCCAGGCACAGCUGAUUUUAAGUGUUUUCGAGUUCGUAUUGCUGUAAACAUCUUGGAUGUUGCUGUAUCAAUGCCUGUGAUUGGUUAAUUAAUGAAGUAAUUAAGUAGCCACAUGUCAAAAAAUAAUUAGGGUUCAUGUCUGUUCAUUAAUUAUAAUGUACCCAUGCAUGUACUCUUACAAUACAUAAUGGAAUAAAUAAGUGUGACUUGAUUAAAUAUUAAAUGUAA